GCCGCCGUCAGCCGGUAGUUACUAUGGAAACCGAGCUGCCAUCGCUAUGUCUCUACAAAAGACCCCUCCGACCCGGGUGUUCGUGGAACUGGUUCCCUGGGCUGACAGGGGCCCGGCGAACAACCUAGUCUCAGGCGGAGAGACGCUACCCGGCCUCCGCCACCCGCUCUCCUCAACACAAGCCCAAACUGCUACCCGCGAGGUGCACGUAAGCGGAACCUCAGAACUGUCUGGGGGCCCGGACCGGGCGCAGGUGGUGAUGCGAGUGAGCAGCACCAAGGAGGCGGCGGCCGAGGCCAAAAAGAGCGUUUGUCGCCGUCUAGAUUACAUCACGCAGAGCCUCCAGCAGCAGGGCGUGCAGGCAGAAAAUAUCACUAUGACAAAGGAUUUUAGGAGAGUGGAAAAUGCUUAUCACAUGGAAGCAGAGGUCUGCAUUACAUUUACUGAAUUUGGAAAAAUGCAAAACAUUUGUAACUUUCUUGUUGAAAAGCUAGAUAGCUCUGUUGUCAUCAGCCCACCCCAGUUCUAUCAUACUCCAGGUUCUGUUGAGAAUCUUCGACGGCAAGCCUGUCUUGUUGCUGUUGAGAAUGCGUGGCGCAAAGCUCAAGAAGUCUGUAACCUUGUUGGCCAAACCUUAGGAAAACCUUUACUAAUCAAAGAAGAAGAAACAAAAGAAUGGGAAGGCCAAAUAGAUGAUCACCAGUCAUCCAGACUCUCAAGUUCGUUAACUGUACAACAAAAAAUCAAAAGUGCAACAAUACAUGCUGCUUCAAAAGUAUUUAUAACUUUUGAGGUCAAGGGGAAAGAGAAGAGAAAAAAGCACCUAUGAAAUUCCAA